UGAUGUAAGUGGACGUGUGCACGAGCGUGACAGUGGGUCUUCAAAGCUUCAAGCUUCACCCUUGUAGUCCGAUGCCGAAGGCGAAGCGUCAGACUGACGGGCGACUCACAGCUCGAUACCUUCGACAGUGAUGAUUUACUCGGUGUCCCACCCGUUGAUGCAUUCCCACAUCACCUCGACAGCUCGCGCACCUACGCCGCCACACUCUCUGAUCGCCCCGACGCCCGCGGCCUAUACUCGCUUCCGGACAGCCUCGGCCUGUCUUUGCAGCCGUGUAAUGCCCUGUGCGAUUCCCGUGCCCGUCCCUUGCCCAACCUCCGGCGAACGAUGCGGCCAAGCAUGCUGAGCAUCGUUAACCGUGGCCAACUUGAAGGGAAGUCGCGCACGCUAAUAGCUCCUG